GUUGAACUUGGCCUGUAGAGCAAACAGCACGAUGAACGCGUAGCUGUGCCUAAAUCUAUGGAAUUUAUAUUUUCUGACCAUUCGGUUUCAUAGCCUUUUUGUCUUUAUUGUAACUAUUUGGCUAUUACCGCUCUUAAAUUAUUCGCUCGGCCAACUGCAGCUGUUGCUUUGUCUACAUCAGAUGGGAAUGGAUAUGACGAUACGAAAGUAAAUCUGGACCUGGUUUUUGGUUUUGAAGCCAGGUUUCCUGCAAUUUGAAGGUCUGAAGAACAUCAAGGCUCUUGCCCUUUUCCCUCUUGCGGUCCCUUAUGCUCAAUGACGGCUGUCUCUGGGUCACUGCAGGAUGGAUGAAGUUGAUUUGACAGUUUUUGUCUGUCACCAUCAGUGCUUGCCUCUCAGUGACUGUGUCUUGUUCUUUUACGUUUAUAAAAGAACACCUCCUCUCUUGGGCUCUGGCCCCUUACACUGUAAGAGUAACUGUUAGUAAGGAAUACCCCACGGAGGGGGACUUCCUGCAAACUCUGUGGUUCACGUGAGAUUUUUUUUUUCUUUUUGUGCCACAGAAAGUCAAAGCAGGAACAGGAAAUUUUUGCAAAAGGUCAAGGUUUACAUUUGAGUUUUUUCAUAAUAAUUUAUUUAUACAUUUAAGAAUUUUUUUUUUUUUUUUUUUUCUGGAGAGAUGUCUUCAGAAAAUCCUAACAAGGUGGUGACCUUCUUGGCCCCUCCACCUCCAAAAAAUGUGAACGGCUCCGGUUCGGACUCACUGGUGGGUGAGAAGCUAGACACGGAGGUCAGAAAGCGACGCCACACCAUGGAUAAAGAUCUGAAGACGGCUGAGCACAGAUUUUUUAGGCGUAGCGUCAUCUGUGACUCUAAUGCCACAGCCCUCGACUUGCCCAGCAAAGCCUGCAUCCUCACCUCGCCUCCAGACUGCGAGCAGUUUGUUGUGCCUGUGGUGCUGGGUUUGGCCCCUGAUGUAACCAUUAACACCCAAUCGGGUGUUUCGGGGGCAGUAGUGGAAGAACAUGCAGAGGACGGAAGAGGUGCUGGGGUUGAUGGGAUUGUGGAGGCACAGAGCCCAUCUGUGCAGGAUGUGUGUGCGAGGCAGGCCGAGGCCCUUGGGACGGUGGAGAUAGAGCCCAGCGACGUGGGUGAUAAGGAGCAGGAGAGCGGAGUAGCAGACAAACGUGAGGAGGAAGAGAAAGGGGUGGCGAAGGCCCGUGCUGAAGCUGAGCAGAGGGAAGCUGAGAAAAAGGUUCAGGACGACAUCGAAGAAGUGGAGACCAAAGCUGUGGGAACCUCACCCGAUGGCCGUUUCCUCAAAUUUGAUAUCGAGAUUGGACGUGGCUCGUUCAAAACUGUCUACAAGGGCUUGGACACAGAGACAACGGUGGAGGUUGCGUGGUGUGAACUUCAGGAUCGGAAGCUGUCGAGAUCAGAGCGCCAGCGCUUCAAGGAAGAGGCUGGCAUGUUGAAAGGCCUGCAACACCCAAACAUUGUGCGCUUUUACGACUCAUGGGAGUCGCCUUCCAAAGGCCGCAAGUGCAUCGUGCUGGUAACGGAGCUCAUGACGUCAGGAACCCUAAAAACGUAUCUGAAGCGCUUCAAGGUGAUGAAGAUAAAGGUGUUGCGGAGCUGGUGCCGACAAAUCCUAAAGGGCCUGCACUUCCUCCACACCAGGGCUCCUCCCAUCAUUCACCGGGACCUUAAGUGUGACAACAUCUUCAUCACCGGACCUACUGGCUCCGUUAAGAUUGGCGAUCUGGGAUUGGCCACCCUCAAGCGCUCUUCAUUCGCUAAGAGUGUCAUAGGUACCCCUGAGUUCAUGGCGCCUGAGAUGUACGAGGAAAAAUACGACGAGUCGGUGGAUGUGUACGCCUUUGGAAUGUGCAUGCUGGAGAUGGCUACCUCUGAGUACCCGUACUCUGAGUGUCAGAACCCUGCUCAAAUCUAUCGCCGAGUCACCAGUGGAGUUAAACCUGGCAGUUUCGACAAGGUAGCCAUUCCAGAGGUGAAAGAGAUCAUUGAAGGAUGUAUUCGGCAAAACAAAGAUGAAAGAUACGCCAUCAAGGACCUUCUGAACCAUGCCUUCUUCCAGGAGGAGACUGGGGUGCGGGUGGAGCUGGCUGAGGAAGACGAUGGGGAGAUGAUCGCCAUCAAGCUCUGGUUGCGCAUUGAAGAUGUCAAAAAACUGAAAGGCAAAUACAAAGACAAUGAAGCCAUUGAGUUCUCCUUCGACCUCCAGCGUGACGUCCCAGAAGAUGUGGCUCAGGAAAUGGUUGAGUCGGGCUAUGUUUGCGAGGGCGACCACAAAACCAUGGCCAAGGCCAUCAGGGACCGUGUGUCUCUGAUCUGCCGCAAACGAGAGCAACGGCAGCAGGUGCGAGCAGAGCAAGAGAAACGCAAGCAAGAGGAAGAGCAGAAGCAGGUGUCCAACGAGUCGUUGAAGAACGUGGUCGGCUCUCAAGGAACCCAAGGUUCUGUACAGAGUCAGUGCAGUUCCCAGCCUCCAACUCCUGGCCUUGUCCAGCCUGAGUGUGAGGAGCUUGAUGCAGACCAGCAGCUUCAGUACAUGCAAAGUGGAAUGACCUCGGCUGACGGGACGCUUGAGAGUGGUCAGGGUUCAUCCGUGUUCUCAGAACCUCACCUCAGCCAGCUAAGCAUGUCGUAUAGUUCUCCUGCAACGUCGCAACAGCAGCAGGUGCCUGGACAGGGCGCCUACCCUCCCAGCUCUCAAGCUCCCCAACAGCACACCGCAUACCCCCAGCAGCCCAUGCCGCAAUCAGUGAGUCAGCCGUACGGUGGAGGAGGCUCGGGUCUGGUCGAGCCCCCGCUCUUUUUCCCCACCAUCCCGGAACGGCCCGUCUCAUUCUCCCCUCCGCCAUCUUGCCCGCCUAAAGCUUUCAACGUGCAGCGGCGCAAGAGCACCUCCAUCCUGGAGGCCCACACGCGUCACUUCCAGCCCGCCUACCACCGUAGCUACGGCAGCAGCCUGCACCCGUUCUCUGGCGUGGAGGCCCUGGGUGCCGGCGUCGAACCCUCCCUGUUCAUGAUGCCUGGGAUAGCAGCUCAAAGGUUGGCUGAGCCACUUCACCUACAGCCCCCGGCGGAGUCGCUAUACGGAUAUAAGGAUAUGAGGGCCGAGCAAGAGGAAACUGUACGCAGACUCAGCCUCAACCAGGCUGCAUUAAUGGACCAUCUUGAAGCCAUGGCCUACGGUGGCUACCCUAUGACUGCACAUCAGAUAAGCCAAAUCAGUUUCCAUCAGCAAAUGCAAGUUGCUGCUGCUGCCGCCAGCUUGGCCUAUGAGACUCAAUCACAGCCUGGACCAGCUUACCUACACCCUCAUGUCCAAAGCCACAUGCGCUUGACCCACAGCCCCAUCCCGCAACUACCUACCAUGACUGUGUCUAGCUCCACCUCUGCUCCCCAGCAAACCGCACCUGCAGAUCCAGGCUAUCAGCCCCACUCGUUUCCCCAUUCUGCACCACCCGUGCUGGCUCAUACAUCCGAACCAAGCACCGCCUUUGAAUUCCACAUGCACAACCUGCAGGCAGACCCAGCCAUGCUGGCAUCCAGACUCUACCGAGCCCGUCGGGGCUCAAUGGACCUUAACCUGGAGGAAGCGACUGGCAACCCGGGCUUGUGCGGUCGACUGCAGCCCGUCACCGAAGAACUGUACAGCUAUGUGAGCCCGGAGCUGCCCCUUCCCCCAGGCAGCCUGCUUCUCCAUGGACAUAAAGAGCUCAGUCCUGAGCCUUCAAGUGACUCCAUGACCUCCUCCGAUGCUGGGGAGUUCCACUCACCUCCGCCUCAUCCAUUGUACCAACAUCAAGACUGUUCUGCAGCUCAAUCCAUCCCACAAACUUCUUACUACAAAACAGACGGAGGGAGCAAUGUCAGUGACGGACACCCACCCAGUCAACCGAUGUUUCUGUUUGUUCCACCCUCUGAAUCGUCCACCAUUCCAUCUUCACACAUCAGUGCUCUGCACAGUACCUGGGCCCGUCAACCAUCCCUUCCACAGGACAUCGCAUACCACGAGCCUGCCUUGUCCCAUCAGGGAGCUACCUUGGUGCAGGUCCCCAUCCCUCAGUCUUCAAGUGCCGUGUCUAUGGUUUCCUGCAGCACCCCAUCAGCUGCCGCUGCUUCUCAACAGUAUGGAGUUUACUACGUCCAAGCACUCCCUUCGCAGGCUGCUGUUCCACAACAGGCCUCUCUGGUGCUGUCAUCCCAACCAGGUGUCUCACUACCCCAACAGCAAGCUCCCCAACAGCCUCCCAGCACUGUGGUUCAGAGCAGUUCUCAGACGCAGGUCCAGCCCGGACCCCAGCCCACACAGACACCUCAUAGCGUCUCUCAAACUUUGACAACAGAGCUGUCACAACUCCAAACUCCUGCUGUGGAGAGCGGUCAUUCUGAUGUGGCAUCUGGGCUCAGUGAUGGCAAUGAAGGCGUAACGGGUGGCAGGCAUGAGGGUCGUUCUGCCAAACGUCACCAGCGCAGAUCAGUGCGCAGCCGUUCACGCCAUGAAAAGACCUCUAAGGCCAAGCUCAAUGUUCUUAACAUCUCCAGCAUGGGCGAUAGAGUUGCGGAGUGUCAAUUAGAAACGCACAACAGGAAAAUGGUGACUUUCAAGUUUGAUCUUGAUGGCGAUAACCCAGAGGAAAUUGCACAGAUAAUGGUACAAAGUGAGUUCAUUCUAGAGAGCGAGCGUGAGUACUUCAUUGAGCAGAUCCGAGAGGUCAUAGAAACAGCUGAUGAGAAAGGUGUGGAGAGAGAGCGCAGCCAGAUGGUCAGUGUUCAUGAGCAGCAUAUGCCUACUACAUCAGCGCCUCUUGAACAAGGUGUGGCGCCUAGUUCAGCUGCCCAGGUGGUGCACUCUGCAGGCCGCAGGUUUAUCGUCAGUCCAGUGCCUGAAUCCAGACUGAAGGAUCAGUUCUUUAGCGCACCCCCUCCCACAAUCCCUCUUCGUGAAGAACCUUCAACCUCUGUGUCAGUUGCAGCGCCUGCCUUGGGGCUUUCUAUGUCUGCAUCUGCAGUCAGUCUACAGCAGGCAUUCUCUGAGAUGCGUCAAGGCCGGUUUGACCCGGGUCCCAGCACUGCGCCACCAAUGCUCCAUGUCUCCAUGCCCCCUCUGGUGCCUGUUGCAACACCCUUGCCCACUAGCACCGCUCCUGUUGUCCCUCCCCAAGUGUCUUCUGAAGUGACUGCUUCACCAUCUCUACCCUCAGUCUCCAUAAACCCUCCGGGGUCAUCGUCUCCUCCUCCUACCCUUCCCGCCUCUGCCGUCACCUCCCCUCCAGCCCAUUCACUCCCUCUGCCUCAACCUGCCAUCAUCAGUGUUAUUUCCACCCCUUCCUCACUGCCAAUGCCAGCUGUGCCUGCCGCCACAUCCUUCCCCCAAACCCCAGUCCCCAUGCCUGUACCCGCCAGUACUGUUGCCCCGCUCACUCACCCUGCAGCUCCAAUGGGAUCUGGCAGUGGUGAACAGCUGCCCAUCCCCUGCACCUCAGCUCAGCUCACACCAGCCUCCAUCACCACCACAGCCAUCCAGACGCCACAGCUCGCACCAUCCACCAUCCCCGACACGGUUAUUCCCGUCUCAGCAGCUCAGUCACAAAUGCCCACCCUCCAGCCGGUUACCACCAACAUACCAGUUGUGCAGCCCACCCCCAUGCACAGCCAACCUCAGACCUCCACCGUGGCCAAUCAGAGUCACGCACAUUCUGUGGAAUGUGACAGCGACCCGCAGGGAAAGGGUGUCGAUGACAUCCAGGCUCUGGAUAAGAAGCUGCGGUCGCUCUUCAUGGACCUGGGCUCUGGUCCGCCCUCUGCACAGUCUGAUGUCACAUCUGACCCCUUGGCGGCCCCAAGUGUCCCUGGCACCUCCUCUCCAACUGCCUGUGCCACCCCUAGUGGCACCCCUCUCCCUCCCUCUAGUUUACCCCUCAACUCCUCCGGUCAGCCCACUGGCUCUCCAAUGACCUCCAUGGGCAAUGGCUCCACCCCGGUCGGCUACAGUCAGACGACUCCAUCAAAAGCGCCGUUAUCAAGACUACCGGUGUUGCCUGUCGGCCCAGAUCAGGCUGGCACGCCGCCCACAGAGCACCUACCACCCUUCCCAGGACCUUGUUUAACUCAGUCCCAGCAGCCCCUGGAGGAUCUAGAUGCCCAGCUGAGACGGGCACUGAGUCCAGAGACCGUUCCAAUCAGCAAUGUCACGCACCAGCCAUCUCUUACUGGGAUGCCACCUGGAGGACAGCCAGUUCCAUUUUCUUUGGAUGAUGAGCAAGCAGCUGCACCUACAGUUGGAGGAUACAAACUGGGACGAUUCCAGGUGUCGGUGGCUCCUGAUGAGAACGCCUCGCAUGCUCCCACAGGCUCCCAUGACUCAUCCUCCACGUCUUCUUCCUCCACCACCACCUCUUCUUCAUCAUCCUCCUCCACUCUCUCUAGCCCUGAAAACACACUGCACCGAACCUCCUCUCCCCUCAGAGACGUAAGAGCAGAUGUGGUCGAUGGCCUCCCUGCUCUUCCCAACCAGAUGGCAACACACCCGCAGCCCACCACCAUUGGCCGUUUCCAGGUUACCACCAAAACAGACACGAAGGUGGGGCGUUUCUCAGUGAGCAGAGCACAGGACGAGGCUGCAGCAGCUAGCUUACAACCCCCAGAACUCCAGCCAGCACCUCAAGCCCAUCCAGCCAUGGGCAACGGUCCAGCCCAGAGUCCCGGGAGCCUCAACAACUCUGUCAGCUCCUACUUCAGCAGCGACAAUGACUCGGAGUUUGAAGAUGAGGACUUUAAGAGAGAAGUCAGCAAGCUGAGGGAGAAGCACAUGAUAGAGAGUCAGGCCCUGUACACUCGGCAGAAGGCUGAGAUUGACGCCCUUUUUGCCCGAUUGGGCAAAGUUCCACCCGCCAUGGUCAACCCACCUGUGGUGAACCCAGCUGGCCGCAGACGACGUCCCACCAAGAGCAAAAGCAGCAAAUCCAGCCGCGGUAGCUCCCAGGGCAGCAAGAGUCCUGUACAGCCAGCAACCAGCACUUUAUCAGCGCAGAGUGCUCCCUCCGUGUACCCGCCCCAGCAGGCCUUCCUGGCCCCUGGGGGGAUGAUAGAUGGGGGGAGUAGCCCUCUGCUCCAAUCCUUCAAGCCCUCCCCCUCUAAUGAGAACCUGUGCUCCGCUUACACCAGUGACGCCACGCUCUCUGCGCCCAGUCUGUGCGUCACCUCGCAAGGCUGUGUAAAGUUCAGCUGUGGGUCGGAGAGAGUGACCUUCAAACCAGGUGGCAGGAGGACGCGUUUUCUGAGUACGCCCUGCUUGGCUCUUUGGAAGAUGGUGAAAAAAGUGUGCCCCUGCAACCAACUCUGUAGGACGAGCAGCACCAACACGGUGGUGGGAACUGGUCAGAAUCAAAACCAACCGCCGGUCUCUCAGUCCCAGAGCUGCAAGGGCAUGUUCACAGACGAGCUGCACAAAUUGGUGGACAACUGGGCCAGGGAUGCUAUGAACCUGUCGCAGGGCAAGAGAGGCUCCAAGCACCAACAACAAGUGGCUCCUCAGGGCCACAGCUACGACAUGGUCCCUCCUACCAACAUGGGCCGUAAGUACUCGGCUCCAGGCCAGCUGUGCCCAAGCAUCCCUUCAACUUUGAGUGGCCACUCACCCAUGCCCAACACUCCCGCUACCUCUUUGGGGGCCCGGAAGGGCUCCUUGUGUCCCACGCCACAGUACGGCUUCCCCUCCGCACCUUACAGCACCCAGUGGGCUGGCUCAGCCGCGCACACCCAGGCUGGUCUGCUGGCCACCUCACAACCCCUGGGCCAAUAUCCCCAGGUGCCCACCCCUUUACAGACCUUCCACAUCAGCACUUUGCAAAAGUCAGUGAGCCACCCGGGUGGACCCAACCUGAAGACAACGUAGGGCAGGGCCUAGCCGCGCCAGGCCUAAAUAACUCUCGAGUUGGGGGUGGGGGCAGUCAGAGGCAAGGGGGACGGACUGAAAGUGGACUUAAGCAAGUAUUUGAUUGCAUUGCAGAGAUUCUGUCACAAGAGUUUCCUUUGGGUGAUUGAGAAGGAUAGACGCCAGAAUCGUCCUGCAUGCUCACAGAUACGCCACAGGGAUGAUGCACAACGACGCAAGGGAUAAGAGAAGAUGAAAAUAAAACAAUGGACACUUUGAGUACAAUGUUACGUGGCCAAAGAAGGUGUGACCAUUUUUAUUGUUAAGGUGUGUGCAUCCUUCAUCACCCAGCCCCAAACAUUUAAGGGGCUUGACUUGUGUUUAGAGGUUUGCUGACCUAAGAUGGAAUGAAUGCCACCUCCACCCGUCCCAGAAUCCAUCCACCUGUAUAUCCUCUUGAUAGAUUCAUCAAGCAUAUCACCAAUCAGAGGUCGGGUGGGUGAUGGUGAGCGGCAAAGAGACAAACCUAGUGUCCUUGUUCCCCUCUUGCCCUAAACCCUCUGCUGCAAUGCCAUGGAAUAAUGCAAUAAUUACAAUGGUAGAAAAAGCCCAUUUUAAAACACAGGAAGUGGCCUUCAUUAGAUAAAACAAAAAAAGAUCCAUGUACAGAUUUCCUUUGUUUUUAAAUUGGGUUAUGAGGGUUUUGAUUCCAUUUGCUUGGUUGAUUGGUUGGUUGUUUUCUUUCCCUAUGCCCUUCAAGCCGGCCUUGUGUAGCAGAAUGUUAGGGACAUUUUUUUGUUUUGUCACAUGUUCAGAGGCCUUUCAUCUGCCCCCAAGGUUUGUACCAAGCUCCUACAGCUCCCAGCAUGCUUUGCAGCACAUUCACACGCUUACAGUCCUCUUCUGGUUCUCUCAUUGGGCCACACCACAAGGUGACGUGUAAUAUAAUGGAUACAAUCAGUAGGAUUGGGGUUUGGAUACGAAACUAGGGGUCGCGGGACCGUGCCGUCAUACACGUACUGCCUUGGAGGCCCAUGAAGCUUUAAAUCUAUGACUAAUGUAACAGCUUUUCUAAUCAUGGCAGCAUUAGGGGCCUCUUACGAUAGUUUGAUCGAGACAUUCAAAUAAGAAUUCGUGUUCUGUAUGGACCUGUAUUUACUCAUCAGUUUUUGAUGUUGAAACACUGUGAUUAUUAUAAAUGUUGUUGGACAACAUUAGCUAAAAAGAAAAGUAGACAAAAAAAAAAAAACAUGAAAUUUUCGAGGGUUUUGGAUAUUGGCGUUCAUGAGAUGUAAGGCUAGCUAUUUCAUUAUUCACAUCUUAUUGGAGACACUUUAACCCUUUUUCCCCUUUCUACUUUCUUUAUAUUAUUAGAUAAAUGUGAAUGUAAAAUGGAUUCAAUUAAUGUACUUGAAGAAACGAAUCUUUCCUUCUUUCCCUAUGCCCAGUGAGCUUUCCGAAGAUUCUAGUGCCUUGCAUUAUUCUUUUAUUUAAUUUUUUUUUUUUUUUUUUUGCUUCUGGGUUUGAUAUAUAAGGCAGUGGAGAGUCUCAAGCGUGCGCUUGGUUUGGAGUGCUGGUCUUUUUGACUUCACAGAGGGUGAAUAUUAAUAUAUUGCGGGAUCGAGGUGUCGUUUUGGGUGCCGUUUUGAACUGGCUACGACUGAAACCAUUUGAUGGCACAGUCCUAGCCUUUAGGCAGAGUUGCAAAAAGCUUCAUAUAUAAGGUGCAGAAACACAUGAUCCAGCCAUUAUAUCACAUUCAAAGGCUGUGAAAGUACUUGAGGAUUGAGUUGUAGAUACUUUGAUCGGUCUAGCUUAGUAUGCAAGCGCAAGUGUGCCUAUCAUCAGUGCACCCUUCCAUUUAAACACUGCUUUCGACAACCACAGUGUCUUUGUUUUCCAGAUGGAUUCUUAAACGGCAUGAGCGGUUCUUGUGAAGGUGAGGGUUCGGCUCAGAUAGAAACGCAGGAUGAGGAAAGUUAGUACGCAUGAGACAGUAUGUUGUAAGUAUUUCAGAACCUCCAAUAGCUUGCAGUAAUUGCAGCACUUGCUUAAUUGGUUUUGACACCAUCCAGUGUCAGACCCUCUCCGGUGUGUGUAGAGAGGCACGUUUUACUCAUUUAGCAACAGAUGUGACCGCAAGUGUAACUUCACAAGUGAGAAAAGUACCAGAAAUGUUAGAAAAGACAGCAACCCUUACCGACACAAGAGCGCAACGCUCUGCCAAAACAGCACUGUUGAAGAGUAGCCUAAUUCUCACUGAUUUCUCAUCAAUCCUCUACUUUUUAACUCGCACUGCCCAUAUAAGUUCUCACUGUACUGGCAACGGCCUUCGGUUUUAUGGCAGAUCAGUAGCUUCUUUAGGGGGAUCUCUCUCUCUCUCUUUGUAGCAGUCGGUCAAAUCACUCUUGUAAAUGCUUUGGUUUGUUCUAAAUACUAUCAACUGCGUUAGACCUGCAACGUCAGACUACUUUUUAGCAUCACGUUUAGCACAUUCGACUGUGCAGAUGAAAAGAGAACAGAUGUACAAUGUACAGAUCCGUAGAGCAUUUUAUUUGGGGUACAAACCAUAGUGGAGAUGCUCUAGUCACCUUAACUACUGAAAGGACUUAGAUUACAACUGGUUACAUACUGCGUAGUGUGCUUUGUGUGAAACGUGUGGCACGGGAACUUCACUUUAGGUCAACUGUACAGUAUAGAUUCUCAACUGGCUCACUAUAUUUAAAAUGCAAUUGUGUUACCUUUUGCUUUGUACACAACGCUUUUCCUGUUUACAGCUCGUUUUUACCCCCGUCGUUCGGUUCGUUCAAACUGUGAACACAUCAAAAGGUCUUUAACAAAGAGGUCCCACCUGCUCAGUGUUCAGACUAAUGAAAUACCCUCUGAGUGCCAUGUCCCUGUUCCAGAUACAACACAAGUGUUAAUUUGCUCUCGCUGUAAGAAACGGGUCAUCCUGUUUGACUGUAGAGGGCGCUAAUGUAACUGCAGUGCAGGACAUUUAAAUGAGAUUCACCUCUGACCUCUGAUGUAAAUGAUAACAGCACCUUGAAAAAUACAAAAACCUCUUCUUCUUUUUUCUUUAUCCUUCACUUUACUUUGAAAAAAAUUGCGUUUGUAGCAUGCUGAUGUUCGAACGAGCCGUUCAGUAUCGAUACACAUUGUGAUUAUAUAUUUUUUUUUUUUGCAUGAUACUUCAGUUACACAGAAAAAAUGCACACAAACUCACUCAAAAAGUAUCUUAUUGAAUGAAACCCUCUUUCUAGUCGCUCUCCUGUGGAAAGAAAUACAACAGAACAAUGUUUACUUAAUGCUACUGACCUGUCAUUAAGUUAUUUUGUUUUUUUUUUACUACUAUCUGAUCCGCUUGUUUUGCUGUCUUUUGAGUCUCUAGAUUUUCUUCUGGCGACUUUCAUUCAGUGUUUUUUUUUUUUUUUUUUCUCUCCGUAUGAUAUUUAACAUUGUACAAAAUGUUAAAAGAAUUCCUUAAAAUGAAAACCAAACAAAAACAAGUAGGGAAUCAUCUGCAAUGUUUAACUGUCUGUUUUGCACUAAGUAUAGGAUGUUCAAGCUUCAUAUAAAACUGCGCUUUGCGCUCCAAUAAAACAGCGUUUGUUACCUUAUUUGUAAACUUAAUAAAAGUCAUUUAAAAUAA